CGGGAUUGAUUGUCACAGUUUUUACUGUUAGAAUAGACUUUCAUUUAUUUUGCCAAAAAAAUGUACUAUUGCACAAAAAUUCGUCAAAAACAUUCCACUGUCACAAUUCAUUUCCAGUGGGAAACAGUGACCAAAUAUCAACAAAAAGUGACCAAAAAAAGCCCCAAAAUAUACAGGAAGUGACAAUGAACAGGAGGUGGUGCAGAAAUACCCUGAAAUAAACAGGACACAACCCAAAAAGUAGAAGUGACUCCGGAAUGAGUAAAAAAAUGACCCAAAAUCAAUAGGAAUUGACCUGUAAAUAUCCUAAAAUUAACAAGGAAGUGACCCAAAAUUAACUCGUUACAACGAUAGAUAUCCAAUUCAUUUAAACUGGGAGGACUGGCUGUGAAUUCUCAUCGUUCAGUGCCAUUGACGGUGCUAGACACCCAAUCCAUUUUUACUGAGCGCAUUUGUUCAUUUACCCCCUUCCAGUCAAAAUGGAUUGGUCGUCUAGCGCCAUCAACGGUAGCCAAUUAGUUAACAUGGAAGCGACCCCAAAAAUGCCCUCAAAAAUAUUAGGAAGUGACCAAAAAUCUAAAAGAUGGAAGCAACCGUUAAAAAUUCGAAUUGUUACAACAAACCUCAACACUUGUUUCUGGCUAAAAGCUAAACUAACAGCUAGCAAGAAAUUAGCUAGAUUAAUAACAAUUAAAACUGUAGCAUUGUCUUCAUGCUUUUUAAUAGUAAUAGCAACCUUUUCAUAACUAGAAACCUUUUUGUGUAUAAGUCCAUAAAAAGAAUAUUUAAGAUCUUAACAUUUUGAAACUGACCUUAAUAAAAGUAAUUGUCUCUUACCUCAAAGUGAUGUGACGUUUUACCGUCAAGACAAUGCAAGUUUGCUAUUCGCACAAUCAGUGUUGUUAAUAUUACCUAAAAAAAAAAAAAAAAAAAAAAAAAUUACAGUUACAAAUUACUUAUCCCAAUAAGUAAUUUAGUAACUCUUACUUGGCAAAGUAACUCACGUUACAUUUCAUGUUCUACAAAUUAUUACAUGAUUCAUUCUGUUGAGAGAAAUGUUGGAAGAAAUGUUUUGUACUCAUAAACGUGUCCUCAGUUGAUGUUGAAAUAAUGUUCCUAUUGCUUAUUAUUAUUGCCAUAUUAUCUUUUCGCCACAAGAUGGCAGGAUGGGACUUAAUUGUCUAAAGUGCUACUUUUAUUACUUCUUUUUGUUUGACUUUGAUUACUUUGAUUUUGUGGGAUUGCCUGUAAAGACAGCAAUGAGAGAGGAUGUAUCCGCAUGUCAAUAGAAACUAUGCAGUACAAACUGCAGCAAUGGUUUGCAACAGAUGUUAUAAUAGACGUACAGGGCAAACUCCUUACCAGAUGUUGACAAACAAGAAACCAAAUAUUUCCAGAAUGCAAAAAUUUGGGUCUGUAUGUUACAGAUACAAACAAGACAAGGGAAAAUUGGAUUCUAAGUGUGACCAAGGACAGUUUGUUGGCUAUGACAAAAAAACAGUCCAGCAUAUCUAGUCUACUAUCCAGACACAAAGAGAGUACAAUAACCAUAGGCUGGUAAAAUUUGUGAACAAGGAAGUCAUAGAAAAACAGACACAGACAUGUGACAUGGAUCAAGAUGAAGAAUAGAACAUGAUAAGGUUACCAAAUUCUGAUCAAACAAAUGUAGAGGUCAAAAACAAUUGAAGAUCCUGUAGAGCCAAGUGCACAUAGAGAGAGUCCAAAAGAAGUGACAAAAUGUGAACUUGAGAGUAGAAGGUAUCCCUCAAGAGAGAGGACAAAACCGAGUCAUUUAAAAGACUUCAUAACAGAAGCCAGAGAUAGUGAUGGAGUUUACUGUAUACCACUGUUACAGGAUGGUAGUUGGUAUACCUCAAACAUAUGAGAGGCCAUGAGUUCAAAUAACUCAAAAGAUUGGUCAAAAGCCAUGGAUGAAGAAAUUCAGUCACUAAACGAAAAUAAAACAUUUACCUUGACAACACUGCCAAAAGGCAAGAAAACAGUGGGGGUUAAAUGGGUUACGCACUCAAAAAGAAUGAAGAUGGGAGAGACAAGUACAAAGCACGAUUUGUGGCUAAGAGAUUUAACCAGAGAAUGGGAAUAGCUUUGGUUUGCACAAGACCAGAUUUAAGCUAUGUGGUAAGCAGGUUAUCGCAGUACUUUACUGAACCCACGGAAGAGCAGUGGACUACUGUGAAACAUGUCUUACGAUACCUAAAAGGUACUUCCGAAAAGAGCCUUAGUUUCAAAAGAGACGACAAUGCGAAACUUGGUAUACAGGCAUAUAGUGAUGCUGACUGGGCAGAUGAUACUAGCGACAGGCGCAGUACUUCAGGAUACUGUGUUUUCUUCAGCAAGAAUAGUUCUCCAAUUUCUUGGAAAACAAAGAAACAACCUACCGUCGCACUGUCUACCUGUGAAGCUGAAUAUAUGGCACUGGCUUCAACCAUACAAGAAUGCCUAUAUUUAGAACAAUUACUAGGUAGCAUUGAUCAUUAUCAGUACGCUCCAACAACUGUACACGAUGACAACCAAGGGAAAAUCGCUCUUGACAAAAAUCCUGUUAAUAGACUGAGAUGCAAGCACGUAGAUAUAAAAUAUCAUUUUAUUAGAUAUACUGUGAAUCAGGGAAGAGUAACAUUGACGUAUUGUCCAACAGAUGACAUGAUAGCUGAUAUCAUGACAAAACCUGUAACAAAGUUAAAAUUGAGGAGGUUUGACAGUGUUAUUUUUGGAAUUUGAAAUGUAAAAGUUCAUUUGUUUGUUAAAAAGGGCGUCAACAUGAGAACAAGCGGGGGUGUUGAGAGAAAUGUUGGAAGAAAUGUUUUGUAUUCAUAAAUGUGUCCUCAGUUGAUGUUGAAAUAAUGUUCCUAUUGCUUGUUAUUAUUGACGUAUCAUCUUUUCGCCACAAGAUGGCAGGAUGGGACUUAAUUGUCUGAAGUGCUACUUUUAUUACUUCUUUUUGUUUGACUUUGAUAACUUUGAUUUUGUGGGAUUGUCUAUGAAGACAGCAAAGAGAGGAUGCAUCCGAAUGUCGACUUUGAUUUUGUGGGAUUGCCUAGGAAGACAGCAAUGAGAGAGGAUGCAUCCGCAUGUCGAUGAAAAUUAAAUACGCCGAGUUUUGGCUGAAAGACAACUUAUUCUCCGUCAAUUUUUCCUACGAAUGCAACGUUGAGCUGCAACCACCUCAAUAGGUUAUUGGCCCAGGAGUCAUUCGAAAAUAAAGUCAAGUUUCCUCCGUGUAGAAGGUCGUGAAGGACAGCGUGCUCACGGACUGCUGAUUAGCGGAAAAAGCUAACAAGAAACAUGGAUCCACGAGGAACAAGUAGGUUGACUCGACUGGCAUUUGACGGAGAUGAAGCUAAAUAUAAACUGUGGGAAACUAAAAUGCUGGUACAUUUUCAUCUAAUCGGGCUAAAGAACACAGUGCUGGUAGGACCAACCACUGAAGCCGAGAGAGAAAAUGAUCAAAUGAAAAAUGCGGACGCCUAUGCUGAAAUGAUACAACUUCUUGAUGAUAAAAGCCUCUCGUUAAUAAUGAGAGAUGCGCCAAAUGAUGGAAGAAAAGCUCUGAAAAUAUUAAGAGAAUAUUAUGCUGGGAAGGGAAAACCCAGGAUUAUAAAUUUGUACACCAUGCUAACAUCUCUUCAAAAGGGAAACAAAGAAAGCAUAGUGGACUACAUAAUAAGAGCUGAGACCGCCAUCACAGCAUUGCGAAAUGCAGGUGAAACAAUGGGAGAUGGUCUACUUAUCGCAAUGGUCUUGAAGGGGCUGCCAGAAAGUUACACGCCAUUUGCAGUUAAUGUGGCGCAUACCGAUGAGAACAUGACAUUUGUUGAAUUCAAAACCAAACUCCGAAGUUUUGGAGAAACUGAAGAAUUAUACAGAGUGAUGAAGACUCAAGCAAGAGCUUCAAAGCAAACCACAAAAGCAAACGCUCGUGACCAAGAGUUGGUGUGCUUCAAAUGUGGGAUCAAAGGCCACCGUGCGAAAUCAUGUCGACAACAGACAUGGUGUAGUCGUUGCAAAACUGACACGCACAAAGACGCCACUUGCAGACACAAGGACAAACCGGACAGAGCGAGAAAAACUGCUGAAGAUGGAGAUCAUGACGUCGCGUUCGAGAUGAUGAUUAUGAUGGGCAUCAUUGGCGUCAUCGUGGUGGGAAUAAUAUUCUUGUACUUCUUCUACUGAGCUUGGCCCGUCAAAAGGAUGAAUAUGGACUUCGAGAUUGUUGAUGAGAUGGAUGACAGAACGUUAAAAAAAAAUCCACCCUUUUAACCGUCCUCUCCUUAAACGUCUUUUUUUCCUGACCUUCUUCUUGACUUGCUUGUCCUCUUUUUUCCGCCUCAGUUUUCAGUUUAAACUCCGCUUGGGUUCAUCAUCACUCAUGUAUUAUUGAAGGAAAGGAGAAAGAAGAACAUCUGCUGAGAGGAGGGGUGUCCAAUUUUUUUCCUGUACUUUCAGAUGUUAGGGAUGUCCCCACCAGAGCACGCGAUUGGGAAUCGGGCACGAUUACAUCACUAUCAGUGGAUUGGAUUAGGGUAAAAAUGAUCAGGUUUUUAAAAAGGGUUCCCCCCCCCCAAGUAAUAACUCAUUGGCUGCCACUGACGGUGAUAGAAAAGGCAAUUUUUUAAGUGACUAACUCCAUCUAGUGUUAAAGCUGAGAAGUGCAGCAGAAUUUAGGCUGAACUCAAGCUUCUUGUGUGGGUCAUAUUCAAUUAUUCUUUUUCAUAAUUUUCUGCGAGCCAAUAAAUGGUGGUUAAUGUUAGCCCUAGUUUGGACACCCCCGACUUAGAAAUUGAAGCACGUAUAGAAAGCUGUUUGAGCAUUUACAUAGUUUACAUCCGUGAUUAAUAGUUUUAUACAGAGAGUUACAGCCACUAAAAGACAAUCUACACGAUUGCAAUGCAAAAAUUAUAUGAGCCAUAGAUACGAUUGUUUUGUAUGGAAGAGGAAGUAUUUUAAUGGUCAAGGUUAGAGUAAAGCAUUUAAUCACAUUUCUACAUUUACACUCCGAUAGAAAUUCAACAACGUCAACGACAAUGUUGCUGCCAUAUCACUUGCACUAACACAAAGUCCAAACUGAUGUUUGUUUCCUAUUUGCAUGGCAAACGUGGUCGUUUUCUGUCCUAAUCGCGACAUUAUUGCAUCGAGUCUUUAUUUGUCUAACUGUUUUUGUGAGUUUCACACGCUCUCCAUCCGAUAAAAACUCACGAGUGCCAAAAGUCGACAAUUUUGAACUGUUAACAUCAUGUAGCGUAGACCGUGCUGACAAAAAAGCAGUACAUUUAGAUCUAUCUUCAAGAUAUUUCUGUGUGAAGUAGUUAACCUAUAGUUAAGAGGCUCCUUUUUUCCCCCCAUCUAAGACUAAUUUCAAGUGGAUCACGUUACAUACAUUUCUGCUUAGCUUUAGCUGACAAACUAAUCAACUUAAAAAAGGGUAUUAUUUGACAGUGAGCACAUUUUGUGUUUUACAGGAAAAAUGCAGCAAGGGUGAAAAUGUUUGCAAGAAUAAUUGCAUGCUUGACAAUUUUGCUGAUGCCAAUAAAAGAAGUGAACGAAACUUCUCGGGAUGGUUUUCAAGUUUGUUUUUUAUUUAAAAGGACAUACAACGCCUUUAUCAUUCGCUUCCCAGUGCUUCACAGAAUUUGAUUUUUCAGACGUGUGAUAGUGACAGAUAGUGAGAAAAACAAAACAAAGCCAGUACUUCCAGGAAAUGGCCUCCCUUAUCAAAGCCAGUAGUAUUAGAGCCAAUUAAAUUCAGCAUCCCAGAUUGCCUGCCCUUUCUUGUGAUGUCAUUAAUACCCAUUAUCACAUGUACAGUGCCUUGCAAAAGUAUUCGGCCCCCUUGAACCUUGCAACCUUUCGCCACAUUUCAGGCUUCAAACA